GGUUGAGGAGGGGUGAGGAAAGACAGGGGGUGAGGCUGGAGGAGUUGUUACAGGUUGGGGGUGUGUGUGUGAGACCUCUAGGCAGACACCUGGCCAUCUCUCUUCCCUCUUUACCUCUCAGACUCUGGGAUAUAUCCGACACACACACGACCCCCUUACACACACAUUCACCCUCUGACCCCCAACACACACGACCCCCACCCCCACAUUCAAACACUGACUCCCCACACAUGUAUACAGACCCUGAGCCCCCACACAAACAGUCUGACCCUCUGCCCACCCCCCCCUCAUCCCGCAGUCAGCCCCAUCCCUCCCCGCCCACCGCCUCUUCUGAUUGGCCCAAUCAAGUUUCCACCUUCAACACCAUCACAAGUCAUUGGUCCUCCUGGAGCUUGGACCGCCCAGAUGCCGUGGUUACGCCAUAUGACACACCUCCAGAUCGCUGCCUCCCCAUUAAGGCACACCUCUCCCACAGAAAAUACAACUCCCAGCCUGCACCUGCACAGCAUGAACCCUGUGACCCUGAGGAGGCAGAGUUAUCAGAGCUGGACUUCCUGUACCGGGCCAGUCUCCAGGCAGGAAGUAGAGGUGGCAGCCCGGCCGGGAGGCUGCAGUGUGGGGUAAGAGGGCCAGCCCGCUCCUUCACUCCCAACACCAACAUGGAGGGGAGUGUGUACCAGACUGACAGCAGCAGCACAAUGGUCCGCAGUCUGAGCGGCACAGUCGUCAACCCGCGUCGCCACCGUCUCACCGCUGCACGCAGCUUUGUGAAGCAGACAGAUGUCAGUGCCUCUGCUUACUUACCUAAUCUCCUCUGAGACCCUGUAUUGUUACACCAUCAUCACCUUCGUCAUCACCAUCUUCAUCAUAAUAUGUAUCUUCACCAUCUUCAUCUUAGUCAUCGUCAUCUUCAACUUCAUUAUCUUCGUCUUCAUAAUCAUUAUCAUAAUUAUCUUCACCCAGUCCUUUCAUGACCCCUUACCCUUCACCUCUGGGGCCUGUCCGUCACUGUUUUGUCCCUCCCCCUGCAGGAGAUGCCCAAUGGCGCGGGGAGUUUCUGGUGUCUGACGGGGGUGAAGCUGACUUCAGACCACUUAAGACAGUGGUCUUCAGACCACUGACGUGCCUCCUUAUGCAUCUACGCAACAGGCACCUCCGGGGGCAGCUCGCUGGGGUCCUUACUCUCCACACCGCUACAGGAAACUCGUAGGGCAGCUCUCCGGGGUCCUAACACGCAACACCGCUACAAGCACAUCCCACAUUGGACCUCUAGGGUCCUUACCCUCCACACCGCUACGGGGACCUCCCAGGGCAGCCUUCUAGGGUCCUAACCCUCCACAGUUCUACAGGCACCUCCCAGGGCAGCUCUAUGGGGUCCUUACCCUCCACACAGCUACAGGGACCUCCCAGAGCAGCUCUUUGGAGUCCUAAUACUCCACACCACUAAAGGCACCUCCCAGGACAGCUAUUUGCAGGUCCUUACCCUCGACACCACUAAAGGCACCUCCCAGGACAGCUAUUUGCAGGUCCUUACCCUCGACACCGCUAAAGGCACCUCCCAGGACAGCUAUUUGCAGGUCCUUACCCUUGACACCGCUAAAGGCACCUCCCAGGACAGCUAUUUGCAGGUCCUUACCCUCGACACCGCUAAAGGCAGCUCCCAGGGCAGACAUCCGGGGUCCUAACUCUCCACACCGCUUACAGGCACCUCCCAGGACAGCUAUUUGCAGGUCCUUACCCUCGACACCGCUACAGGCACCUCCCAGUGCAGACACCGGGGUCCUAACUCUCCACACCGCUACAGGCACCUCCCAGGACAGCUAUUUGCAGGUCCUUACCCUCGACACCGCUAAAGGCAGCUCCCAGGGCAGACACCCGGGGUCCUAACUCUCCACACCGCUACAGGCAUCUUCCAAAGCUGCCCUGCACCUCACCCAUUGCCAUGAUAGGGGGUUGGUCUAGGACCCCCCCCAACCCCAAACACACACCUCUCCCCACGUCCUUCCCUCAGUGGUCUACUAACCUCCCUCUACCCCCAUCUCGCACCCUCCGCCCUUCUUCAACUAUUCAGUCUAUGCAGUCAUUCUUAGUCCCCCUCAGCAGGAAUUACUCUGAAACCCAAAACAACAAACUCACCUAAUUACACUUCUAGCUAGCUAGCUUGCGACCUGCUAGCCUGUUAGCCUCCUAAUAUAGUCUGACUCUGAACAUUAUCCUGCUAGCCUUCCCCUCUUUGGGUCUAUAAAGGAGGGAGUAGAUUAGCUAGCCUGGGUUAGCCUAUGAUCUCCCUGCUUUAUCUGCCCCAAUCAGAGGGGCUCUGGAACCUUUAGGUGACUGAAAGAUCCACAGGGGGGGGGGGGGUUACCGAUAAGCCACGGCUUAUUCCUUUUUCUUUAUGGGCAUUUCCUGUCUGAUGACAGCACAGCACACCUGGAUAUGUUGUUUCCAAGGGAACCCCAGGACUAGUGCAUACGUGCCUACAUAGCUCCGUAUAGACUGAACUCUAAUAAUAACUAAAGUCAUGUACAGAAAAACGAUAUAUGAAACCUGUAUGUUAUUAAGACCUUAUGGAAUGUUCAUACUAAUAAUGAUAAUAAUGAAGAUAUUGAUAACUUUAGUGGUGACUCCUGGUCCUGGAUUGAGUGACCUUCACAAGUGUUCAGCUGGAGGUCACCUGACUGACCGUUGUAACGGCUAACGCUGCUCUCCCAUUUCUAUCGGGAGAAACUACCUUGCUUUUUCCUUUAUUUAUUUAUUUUUUACAGAUAACGGUAGCUAAAUGGAACAAACUUUUGCACACCUGAUGUAACGUGAGAGAGGGAGAGCUUUGAUAGAGCGAGGGUAAGGGAAGUGUGUUUGCUGAAGGGUACUUGCUGAAGUGUACUUGAUGAAGGGUAAAUGUAAUCUAAUUUAUUUGAGGCCUCAGGUUAACAUGAUUGGUUCUUGGUUACUGAGAUUCUCUAUCUUCUUCUGGACCUUUCCGUUCAGUUCUGACCCUGAUGUUACUCAGAUAUGAAUGGUGAAACACUAUAUUAUAAAUAUACUUCAUAUAAAUAUAUGUACUGUAGGUAUUAGAGAUAUAUUUUAAGGCCAUGCCAUGAUAUAUUUUUAUCAUGGCACUGUCUCUCAUCCUCCAGUUAUAACAGGGUUAUUUCUCUGACUUACCCCUAACUGAAUAACACUGACAUGUCUUGAAAAUGUUAUGAUAUGAUUUAACCUGCUGAACAUGUUAUAACAUAUGUACAUAUAAUAUGUAUGUAUAUACAUAAUAAGUACAUACAUUUAAUACAUUAUAACUAAUCCCUAUUUGGAGACCAAUGGCCAGUGCAGAACGAGAUCUAGACAGAACUGAUAAAUGAUUGUUGUAUCUAAACCAAAGGUUGGCACUUAGACAAAGAGACAGCUCUCUGUCUGUCUUUAACAUUGUGAUUUACAAAAAAAAUGUAUUUAUUAAUUUGAUUAUUUUGUUGCUGUUGUUUGUGUUGUGGAUGUUGGAGAAUGUAGCCAACUGUAGCGCAUGAGUCUGCUAUGCAAAUCAACCUUCCCUCCUGACCCUUGACCUCUGACCUGACAGAUAGGAAGCAGGAAGUGGACACGCCCACGAACGGACGCUUUAUUUACGAAUUUAAGUCAAGAAGAUACGUGAUUAAAUGCUGCUGUUGAACUCUGUACUAAGUCAUAGGCUCGAUCCCAAAUGGCACCCGUCUCCCUAUGUACUACACACUACUUUUGGCCAGAGCCCUACAUAGGGAAUAGGGUGUGAUUCCCAUUCGCACCAUAUACAUACAUAGUACUGAAGUGGUUCACUAUGUAGUAAAAAGGGAUAAUGUAUACCAGGGGUAUUCAACUCUUACCCUACGAGGUCCGGAGCCUGCUGGUUUUCUGUUCUAACUGAUAAUGAACUGCACACCCCUGGUGUCCCAGGUCUAAAUCAGUCUCUGAUUAGAGGGGAACAAUGAAAAGAACACAGUGGAACUGGCUUCGGGGUACAGAGUUGAGUUUGAGGGCUGUAUACUAUGCUAGGAACAGUCAAUGGACAUUCAAUGCAAAGAGAGAGUGGAAGAAAGAGAGCGACGAUGAUCGAAAGAAAGUACGUAGAGAGGAGAUAAAAUUAUGUACUGUAUGUGUGUGAAAUAGAGAUGAUGUGAGGAUGAAAGAGGGCUAGGAGUCGUUUUUAGAGAGCGAGUUGUAUGUGUUUGUGUGCGUGUAGGGUGUUUGUGUGUGUUGGUACUGGGUAUCAUUGCUUGGCGAACGAGGGAAAGAGGGAUCCUGUAUUUUUGCAAUAAAGUUAUUACCACUGCUCUCUUAAUGGGGCGUAACCACU